AUGAGUUUAUGGCUACCACCUGAUAUUUCUCCAAUCUGCGCAACCGCGCAAGCGAAUCUGACACAGUGCUCUCCAACAGGUUAUCUCUAUUUGGCUCUUGUGACUCAACUGUUUGGUACUACGACUAACAAUAGCUAUCCCGAAUACAACCAAGAUGAUACGCAGUCUAAAUGUGAAAAAAAUAAAGAUGCAAAUGAUGUUAAUGAAGAUUUCGAGGGAGUUGAUGAUAAAUAUAAGACAUACGAUUACAUAAUUGUUGGAGCGGGUUCCGCUGGGUGUGUACUCGCUAAUAGGCUAUCUGAAGAUGCAGAUCAAAAGAUUUUGCUUCUGGAAGCUGGGCCUGAAGAACCAGAUGUAACAAUGGUACCAGCUUUACCAAGAUUAUUGGCCAAUUCCAAGAUUGAUUGGAUGUACAAAACUCAACCGGAAGAAACUAACUGUUUGUCGCAAAAAGGACAAUCCUGUCCUACUAUAAGAGGCAAAACAAUGGGUGGAUCUAGUGCAGUAAAUUAUAUGGUGUAUAUGAGAGGUAGCAAGCUAGAUUAUGACAAUUGGGCAAAAGACGGCAAUGAAGGUUGGAGUUUUGACGAAGUUUUACCAUACUUUAAAAAAUCUGAAAAUUAUCGAUACGUUGAAAGCAUUGAUGACGAAUAUCAUGGAUUUGGUGGUCCAUUAAACGUCGAAAAUUUUCCGUACGUUGAUAUUGCAUCUGAUAUGCUUGUAAAAGCUUUUAAUGAAAAGGGUUUACCGACAAAAGAUUUAAGUAGGGACAGUCAAGUUGGCGUUAAUAUAAACCUGUCUACAUCUAAAGACGGUAAACGACAAUCGGCUAAUGUAGCAUUUAUAAAGCCAAUAAGAAAUGAAAGAGAGAAUUUACAAAUAAUAACAGACGCAUUUGUUACCCAAAUACUAAUAGACGAAUCUACAAAAACUGCGGUUGGGGUAAAAUAUUAUAAAAAUGGAACGUAUUACAAAGUUUUCGCUGAAAAAGAAGUAAUAGUAAGUGCUGGGGCAAUAAAUUCCCCAAAAUUACUUAAAUUAUCUGGUGUUGGUCCAAAAGAAGAGUUAGAAAGCCUAGGUAUACCCAUUAUAGCCGAUUUGAAAGUUGGGUAUAAUCUUCAUGAUCAUGUCACAACUGAUGCUCUUACAGUUUCUUUAUCCAAUGAAUGUGAAACAUUAAAAAGUGAAAAAGAAUUGCUCAAUGAAGUAACAAAAUAUUAUCUUCAAAAUGAAACAAAAGAAGGCCCGUUAUCUACAACAUCUACUAUUAAUAGUAUUGCAUUUAUAAAGACAAGCUAUGAAAUGGAAAAUGCACCAGACAUUCAAAUUCACUUUGAUGGCAGAAAUGUGGCUGAAUAUAUGGCAGAUCCAAGUACAUAUGCUGCAACGAACACAUUACCCUUAUCUUUUUAUGAUGGUAUUGCACCUAAACCUUUAUUGCUUACUCCAAAAAGUAGAGGAUAUAUCUUAUUGAAUAAAACAGAUCCAACAUUUGGCGCACCAUUGAUUUAUCCAGGCCACCUUAAGGAACAAGAAGAUAUAGAUAGGCUAGUCGAGGGUAUAAGAUUUGUGUUAACCUUAGAAGACACUGAAAGUUUCAGGCAAUGUGGUGCUAGAUAUGUUAGAACACCAGUAGAAGGUUGUUCUGAUUAUGAAUGGGGCACAUAUGAAUAUUUUGUUUGUAUAUUAACGCACUACACAAUGACUAUUUGCCACCCAGUCGGGACAUGUAAGAUGGGGCCUGCCGAUGAUGAAGAUGCUGUUGUAGAUCCAAGGUUUAAAGUGUAUGGUGUCGAUAAAAUGAGAGUGGUGGAUUCUUCUACAAUGCCCAAAAUUGUAAGAGGUAAUUUGAAUGCUCCAACAAUAAUGAUGGCAGAAAAGGCUAGCGAGAUGAUUAAAGAGGAUCGUAUUUGUAGAAAUAUUGAUACAUAA